GGACACCGGCAGAACAAGGUCCUCCCUUUCCUGUCUUCGCUUUUUGACCUUCUGUCAGUCGCUCUUUGGUCUCUGGUUCAGUUAGAUAUUCAGUGCUUGCGGCAAGAUGGUGGUUUAUUGGAGACAAGCUGGGCUCAGUUAUAUCAGGUACUCACAGAUAUGUGCCAAGGCAGUCAGGGCGGCCCUCAAGCCUCAGUUUAAAGUAGAGGCAGAAAAAGCAGCAGCAGUUAAUGUAAGGAUCACAAAACUGAAGAAGGACUAG